UUAUAAAGAAUUUUGUAAAUUAAAAUAAAAAUGUGAUUGUUUUAAAAUUUUGUAGAAUAAAAUGGUUUAGAAUCAGACAAAACGAUGUUAAUUAGAGUUUCAUUCUCAUUUAUAGAAUUUUGUAAUUUUAACGCAAAAUGUAUAAACAAAAGAGCUUUUUAUAAAUGUUUUAGAAGUUUUUCUAGUGAACCAAAUAAUUGUGUAAAAAAUGAUGAAAUAACAACAUCAGAGUCGUUUGUAACAGUCGAAAAUUAUCCUAAACCGUUUUUAUACAAUGAAACCAAUGUUGUUGAUAUUAUGGACGAUUCUUCUGUCUCCAGGAUGGGUAUUCUAUCAAGAGAACAGUUUCUAUCAACGAAAAGAACAAAUUUAAUUGAUAAAACACAGUAUGAAAAGUUGAAGCCGCACGAGGCUAACAAAUAUGUCACAUCAAAAAAAGAUGGAUUUUAUUUAUAUGAUAAAACUAAGAUAUCAGUUACUGAUGAACAAACAAAGCUACCAAACUACAAGAAAAUGAUAGAAAAAUCAAAAAUAUUAUCAUAUUCCAAUGAUACAUCAAUACAAAGAAAACAAAAAAAGGAUAAAUUGACAUUUCAGGACAAAAAUAUAUACGACAAGUCAAACGAAGAUUAUUUCAAAUCGUACUUUAAAGAUAGAGAAAGAAUCUUUGACGGCUUGAGUGAUAAAAUAAAAUCAUUUGAGGAUGAAAUUAUGAAGAACACAGUGAGUCCAGUAGGAAAUAGAACCAGAAUAUCACCUAACAAAUACUGGAUUAAAGAGGGGUAUAAAUCCCCGACAACCGAAGAGAUUAAGUCCCUGAGCCCAUUUGACUUAAAGUUUGUAAUGAUGAACGAGGCGAAGUUGAACACAAGAGUAAAAUCAAUUAAUCCUGAGAUUUGGGAUUCAUUUAUUGAAAGAAUUAUUUCUUACAAUAAAAAAGUAAACUUAAACACAUUGUUAAGAUAUUUACACGCCAUUUCAAUAACAAAAAUAAAUUCGUCAAAAGUUAAGAAUCUUAUUGAUAUGAUUUAUUCAAGAAAGUAUGAAAUGAAGCCAAAGCAUUUUGUGUUCAUGUUCCAAGCACAGUCGAGGAUAAAUAUAAGAGAUCAGAGAUUGUAUGAUGACAUGUAUGAUAUGAUACUUUGUUGGCCCAUAUUGAGGAAUAACUUCAUUAUUAAGGCUGCGAAUUCAAUUUCUAAGCUGGGAAUAUCAGAAAGUAUACUAAUGAAACCACUUCAAGAAGUUAUAAGAAAUAGAAUAUCAGACUUUACAGGGAGUGAAUGUAAAAGAUUCAAGCCGAUUACAGUUAUGGAAAUGUUUACAGACGAGAUGAUAGUUGAGUUUAUUGAGAAAUGCGAAUAUCACAAGUGUUAUUUCACGUGUUAUAGUAGAAACUUGGAUAUAAUUCAACUGUAUCUAAGACUGCUAAAGCCAGAUGUGUAUUCAAAUUUGAAAGAAUCUACAAUUGAUUUUCUAAACAAAUCAAGGGAAAAUAACAAAGAAAAAAGAGAUUUAUCAAAUAAAAAAGAGAGAAGAAUGAGUUCAAGUGAGCAUGAAGAUAUAAGUAGAGUCCUUAAUUUAAUGGGAAUUAAACAUCAGAACUGCUUAGAAGCAGGCCCAUUUGUAUUUGACAUAUAUGAGCCAAAAUCAAAAACAGUUAUUGAGGUGAACAACAAGUACCAGUAUUAUGUUGGAAGUAAUCAAUUGACAUCAUCAGCCAAAAGGCGUCAUGAAAUGAUAUCCGCGAUGGGAUUUAAGUUGUUACACAUCCCAUAUAGAUGGUGGAACAGGUUGGAAUCUGACGAAAAUAAAAUAGAAUCACUUAAAACUCUUUUCAUUAACAUUUAA